CACACCAACACACUCACACGCAGAUCAGAGAGAGAGAGAGAGAGAGAAGAUGGCGGAUUUGAACAAGAAGGCAAUCAUGAAGGUAGGUCUGGUUUUGUUCCUGAUGGCCUUCACUGCAACUGUGGAGGCUCGCUUCGACGCAGACACCUUCCUGGCUCAGGUGAUGAAUGAGAGUGGCGAACCCAACUACUUCAUCAAGUCCACCACCACUGCUUGCUGCAAUAGCUGUACGUGCACCAUAUCAAUCCCUCCUCAGUGCCAUUGCAACGACAUCGGAGAAACUUGCCACUCUGCUUGCAAGGCCUGUCUCUGCACUCGCUCUUACCCUCCACAGUGUCGUUGUGCUGACACUACCUUAUUUUGCUAUGAUAAAUGCUCCCCUUUUGCUUAAUUAUGCAAUGCUAUGAAUGAACCACCAAGCCUACUUCUACUGCUUUAGGCUUUGUUUCUCUCUAUGUCAAAUCUAUCUUAUCCAAUAAACUAUCUCGUGCCCUGUUUCCCGUUUGCAUUUUUGCAAACUAGUUGCUUGCAAGGCCUUGAUCUUCUUCUAUCAUCGUAUUUUAUGUCUCUUUUCAUCAUGUUUUAUCUU